AUGGGAGGCACGCACUUCUUGCCGCUGAUUACGAACACUCAAGUGGCUGCCAGAAUGUUCGCAGUUGGUGAUCUGGUCACCGCACCUAAAGCCAAGGAAUUGGGACUGCUUCUGGAUGUCUACCCUAAAGAAGACUUGAUGCCCAAGGCACUGGAGCUCGCGAGGAAGAUGGCGGAGGGCUCUCCGUCAUCCUGCAGAGCUUUAAUCCAGACACUCAGACACAAGCAAGACAUGGCAAACGGAGGUCUGUCUGCUGCUUUGGAUUGGGAGGCCGAGUGUCAGGGCCGCAGUUACGCACAAGGCGAUGUGCUCGAGGGCGUAGCCUCCAUACGCGAGAAACGCGCGCCCAAGUUCUAA